GAAUAGUGAAUAAAUUAAUCAAGAUGGCCUGCUCUUUGCAGCAACCUCCCUCCGGUCCUAGCUUGCUAACCAUCUAUUCGACAGUUGUACCUUUCACAAACUACUCGCAAUGGGAGAGGACUCCUCACAAAUCUCCUGAAGUGGUCAAGUCAGUGUCUGGUAGAGUAAGAGCCAAGCCUAAGGUGUUACAAGAUCUUGUGGCUAGUGGCAUUAAAAAGACCACAUACAGACACAGUGGAUUCACUCCAAAUGCUCGUGAGAGUACGAUCGUUAUCAGGAGUCGAACUCAAGAUGUCGGGAAGAGGGUUGGAACUGGAUAUGGAUCGAGGGGUCAACUGGAGUCCGCAGCAGCUAGGUUGAGACUGUUGAAAAUGCGGAUUGCAACCAAGAAGGUUUCUGUGGAAGAUGUUCAACAUCACAAGGAGGAGCUUUUCUCAGCAAAUCUCUGUUUAAUGCAAAGGAUCCAAAAUUCUGAAAGCAGCAUCCAUACUGACGUGGAUAAAAUGUUGGAGAGAUACACCAAUUUCAAGGGUGCCAUUUCCAAAUUGCAAACAAAAGCCGGAGAAGAGAUAGAAAAAGCCAAAGAAGAACUGGAAAUGACAAGAUCCACUCUCGAAGAAAGCAUUUCUGAACUACGAAGAACAGUUAGUAAUACUGAAAGAAUCGUACGGAAGAAAUCACGAGAGUUGAAUGUGCUCCUGAAUUACAAAGAAACUGAAUUUCCAGUCAAAUUAGUGAAAAUUGAUCAACUCAAGGAGCAGUGUGAGCUGUUGAAUGAAGACAAUGAAGCUGACCUAGUGGAGGUGGAGCUAAUGAUUGCUGAGGAGUGGGAAAAGUGUGGUCAGAUUAUGGACAGUGUGAGGAGAGACCUGGAGACUAAAGCUACUCAGGCAUCACUAGUGACCAUGAAGAGAAGUACCCAGGAAAAAGCUAUUCAGAACAAAAUAAUGGAGAAGGAAUUGCUUAUACACGAAGAGAAGCGCUAUGAGCUAGAGGGAGUGAUUACUACUCUAAAGUCGAACAUUAGAUGGCUCUCGGAAGAAUUGGAGAAAAUAUAUCAAUUAAGACACAAACCUUCAAUUGCUGUACUCGGCAAAUGUUUACCAAACACUGAACUCCAGUUUGAUUUUCCUAGACGACAAAAAUGCCCGUUGUGAAUUAGUAAUUAUUGUUCUUGUCAAAGUAAAAAAACAAUUUUUUGCUAAUUUAUUAUGCUCAAUGACAAAAAAA